GCACAAUGAUAUCAUUGUCAAUAGAUAUUUCGGACUUGAAUCUUAAUCACUGUAUAAAACGUUAUUUUCUCCCUCCCCACAUAUACCUUUCUAAUCUUUUAUCUUUUUUUAUUUCGAAAAACAAACAAAAAAAAUGACUACAACUAUUUCAAUUGGUAACUACUUACUCAGACGUCUCAAGGAGAUUAACAUUGAGACUAUCUUUGGUGUUCCCGGUGAUUACAAUAUGCCCUUUUUGGAUCUUAUUGAAGAUGAUAACGAUUUAACUUGGGGAAACAACGCAAAUGAAUUAAAUGCUUCUUAUGCUGCCGAUGGUUAUGCUCGUGUUCGUGGUGCAGGUGCUGUUGUCACUACCUUUGGUGUAGGUGAACUCUCUGCUGUCAAUGGUAUUGCCGGUUCUUACUCUGAAAUGUUGCCCGUCAUUCAUAUUGUCGGUACUCCCGUGACUUCCUCUCAAAACUCACAUGCUCUUUUACAUCAUUCCCUUGGUAACGGUGAUUUCCAGGUAUUUACCAAAAUGUCAAGUUUGAUCACUGUCGCUGCUGCUCAUCUCUCCCCCGAGAGAGCCUUGGAAGAAAUUGAUCAUGUCAUCAAGACUGCUUAUUUACGUAAACGUCCUGGAUAUAUUGGUUUCCCUUUGGACUUAAUGCUGAAGAAAGUAUCCGUGACCGAGCAUCAAUUAAAGCCUUUGGAUUUGGCUAAUCCUCCCAACCCUAAGGAAGUACAAGAGAUUGCCUUGCAAAAGAUCUUGGAACAUAUCGCAGCUGCUAAAAACCCUGCUAUUAUCGUUGAUGGCUGUGUCCUUCGUCAACAUUUGGAAAAGGAAGCCAAUGCCUUUGUUGUUCGUUCGGGUUUCCCUACUUUCUCUGCUCCUAUGGGUAAAGGAGCUAUUGAUGAACGUUUGCCCAAUUUCCGUGGCUGUUAUAGUGGUAAUGUCACAUUGGAAGGUAUUACCAAGGAAGUGGAAGAGGCAGAUUUAUUGAUCGAAUUGGGAUCCAUCAAGUCGGAUUUCAAUACCGGUAAUUUCUCUUAUGGUCUUGAAAAGAAAAAGACCAUCUCUUUGCAUAGUUUCGGUACAACCAUCUAUCACGCGGAUUACAACGGUGUCUGCAUGUCUGAAUUGUUGCCUCUUUUAACCGCUAGCUUACCUGAAAACCCCAAGGAGUUGGAAUUCGGUGCUCGUGUUCGACCUGACCCUAUUGAUGAAAGCACACAGGAAAUCACUCACAAUUAUCUCUGGAACAAGGUCCCUGAUUUCAUCGAACCCAACAGCAUUAUUGUAGCAGAGACAGGUACUGCUGAAUUUGGUGUCUUUAACAUGAACAGUCCCAAGGGUACCAGCUUUAUCAGUCAAAUUCUUUGGGGUUCCAUUGGAUACUCUGUUGGUGCAGCUUUAGGUGCAGCCAUGGCAGACCGUAGUCGACGUGUCUAUUUGUUUGUGGGUGAUGGUUCUUUCCAAUUGACUGUACAAGAAGUCUCCGUAUAUAUCCGACAUGGUAUCACACCUGUCAUCUUGUUGUUGAAUAACGACGGUUACCUUAUCGAGAAAUUGAUCCACGGACCUCAUCGCUCUUAUAACAACUAUCAAAUGUGGAAGUAUAGUCAGACAUUAGAUUUCUUUGGUGGUCAUCUUGAACACAAUCGUACAGGACAAGGCAAGAAUCCUUCCGCUGUAGGUGUAGAAGAGAAAGUCACAACACGAACUGAAUUCGAAGCUGCCAUGGAGAAGGCACAUACACAACCUGACAAAAUUCAUUUCUUGGAAGUCAUUAUGCCUCGCUUUGAUGCUCCUCGUGAACUUAAGCUCUUGGUUGCCUCUUCCGAGAACCGUUAAAUUAGUCUAGGAAAGGAGAUAUAAUGGACAUUUGUGUAUAUAAUAUUUUAAAUCAUGACGUUGUGGCUUAAUUCAUAUCGUGCUUUAUUAUCGUCUAUUUCUCUCUUUUUUUUUUUUAAUCAUAAUCGUAAUAAUAAAAAAAAUUGGGUUCUUUGCAAUUGU